UGGUAUGUACAUAGACUACCUAAUUGUAUAAAAGUUAAUCAAAGAAGUUUUAAUUAAUUUCUAUAGUAUAAUAGGUAGAGUUAUUAUUUUUCUCACUACUUCUAACGCCUUUUUUCGAAAUAAUUCCCUUUUAAGAAUGAGCUUGCACUACAUACAAAACUGUACUUGUACAUAUGUAUACAUAUAGAUCUAUAUAUUUACUCUAGUAUUACGGAUUACAUUCGUCAGUCAGAUUCCUUUUCCCGAACGAGUAGCAAAAGAUUAAAUAAAAAAGUUACAUAAAGUUAAAAUAAAAAAUAUUUUCUACUUAGCAAUUUACAUACGAAAUGGAAAACUGUACAGAUUUAAAAUCAAGACUGAAAAGGUGGUGGAAUAAUGUUAAAUUAAAAGAAAGUUUACAACAUUUCGGAUUGUUAAUAACUUUGUGUGCAUAUGCUGCUAUGGGAGGAUUUAUAUUUCGCUACUUUGAACACCCUGCUGAAAUUGACCGUUUGCAACGCCUAAAUUGGGUUGUUAAUUUGAAAAAACAGCUUUUAAUAGAAGUAAUUGUAAACAGUUCCCAAAAGGAAAAUUUGGAAGAUGUAAUCCUUUCAGAGUUAGAAAGAUAUGAGAUCGUCUUACACGAAGCUUUUAGCGGAGGGUUGUUUAACAAUGGAAAAAUUUACAAUGUCUUUCUAGAAGACGACGUAUUUAACAAAUGGACAAUUUUAAAAUCAGUUUUCUUUUCAUCCACAAUUUUAACAACCAUAGGUUACGGAAAUAUUGUGCCCAUGACUACAGGAGGCCGAGUAUUUUGUAUUCUAUUCGCUUUUAUAGGAAUUCCAUUAACUUUAACUGUGAUUGCUGAUUGGGGAAGGCUUUUCGCUUCAGUUGUUUCCACUUUUAUGCGUUAUAUGCCACCCCUCCCACAUUCAGUUAAAAAUGUCUCAAAGAUCAAUAGGACAUCGUUCUACGCGCUCGCAGCUGUAUGCUUCCUAUUUGUUUAUUUAGCUGCGGGUGCCGCUCUUUUUGUAAUUUGGGAAGACGAAUGGACUUUCUUUGAUGGAUUUUAUUUCUGCUUCAUAACUAUGACCACAAUAGGUUUCGGUGAUCUUGUACCAAAGAAGCCAAAAUAUAUGUUACUCUGUACCUUAUAUAUAUUGGUAGGCUUAGCCUUAACUUCUACUAUAAUAGAAUUAGUAAGAAGGCAAUACCUUAAAUCAUGGAAGCAGUUACAAGCCCUUUCUGGUCCUUUUGCAGAAACUCUUAAAAAAAUGGCAGAAAACGCUCCUGGUUUAGAUGUCACGACCUUCCAGAAUGAUCUAAAAAAAUAUUUAACUGUUGUAUCUACGGCUAAAAAAUAUGGAAGUAGUUUUAAAAAAUCAGGAAAAAAGAAACGUCAAAAAGAAUUAGAAGAAGUGAUGGAAGCUGUAAUACGGGAUCUUGCUGUCAAUACUGCCUCUAAACAGAGACAAUCCGCAAUAGUAAAAAUUGUUAUUUACGAAAGUUCAGUUUAAAUAAUAAUAUGUAAGAAAUUUAGUUACUGUGUCUAAAAGAGAAGAAAAUAAUUUAUUCGUAAAACCUAAGACGAAAAUCAAGUAAUAUCGUCCAAGAGUAGAAACACAGAAUCAUGAUUUAUAUUUCAAAUUAUAACAAGUAUUAUACUAAUUUAUUUUUAGCAGUGCUCGAUUUCAAUAUUUAAAGUUUUUCACACAUUCUAAUGCAACGCAGUAUUAAAUCAUAUCUUUAUUGGUUUUCAAUGUAACCAGUUAUAAAUAGUAUUAAGUAAAGGAAGCGCAAUUCAACUUUUCCUGUGUAAAUAAUCAAAUAUGUACAGCAUUAAAUUUAAGUUCAAAUACUCUACUGUUUUAUUUACAAACUAGUAAAAGAUAAUUAGGGUAAAUCCAAUUAUUUCUACUCAAUUUUUUAAAAUUGAUAUAGAUACAGCAUUUUACGUUUUAUAAAUUGAACUGAACACGAACUGUUUAGCUUUUGGAAUCCCAUAAAAAAAUACAUCACAAAUUUUUUUAUUCAAGAACUGAUGGGAAGCCAAUGUCUCAUUAGUACUAAGGUACGUAUGAAAAUAAACCUAAAGAAUAAAUAAUUACUGUACAAUAAAUUGUGAAGACUAUAAAACUGAUGGCUUAGAUU